AUGGCAGACAGACCAGACGCCGAGUUCUUGCGCCUCGCCAUCAAGCUCGCCGAGGAGUCCCUCCUCGCCGGCGACGCCCCCUUCGGCUCCGUCCUCGUCUCCUCGUCAGGCCAGAUCCUGCACCAAGACCGCAACCGCACCGUGACAGGCCGACACGGUGACGGCAAGCCCGACUCGACAUACCAUCCCGAGAUUGAGCUCGCGCGCUGGGCGCAGCAGAACCUCGGCGCCGACGAGCGCGCCGCCUCCGUCGUCUACACCUCGGGCGAGCACUGCGCCAUGUGCACCCUGGCCCACGCCUACUGCGGCCUCGGCAAGAUCGUCUUCGUCUCGUCGACCAACCAGUACAGGGCCUGGCUGGCCGAGUUUGGUGCCCCGACGCCCCAGGUCGCGAAUCUUGGCAUCGCUGAUGUCGCGCCGCGCAUUCCCAUAGAGGGGCCGAUUGAUGGGCUGGUUGACGAGGUGAAGGAGUUGCAGCGUCGGCAUUGGCUGGCGAGAAGCGGACAGUAG